AUGGCUUUAUCAGCGUUGGACAUGUUCUUUGUGUUCUUCGUCAUAGGUGGUUGGGGGCUGAUUGCAAGUAAAAACACCGACAUUAGUACUUUUGAUCAAAAUUAUCAAGUCACGUGGGGAUUUGAUCAUGUCUUGUCUCUGAACCAAGGGAGAGAAAUUCAACUUUCCAUGGAUAACUCUUCGGGUGCUGGGUUUGCAUCAAAACUAAAUUACGGCUCAGGAUUCUUUAGUUUGAAGAUCAAAUUACCUGACAGAGAUUCUGCUGGAGUCGUUACUGCUUUUUACCUAACUUCACACGGUGACAAACAUGACGAGCUGGACUUCGAGUUCUUGGGUAACAGAGAAGGAAAGCCAUACACUUUACAAACAAACGUGUUUGCAAACGGUCUAGGCAACAGAGAGCAAAGAACCCUUCUUUGGUUUGAUCCCACAGCUGAUUUUUAUAACUACACAAUUCUUUGGAACCAUUACCAAAUUGUAUUUUUGGUGGACAACACUCCGAUUAGGGUGUUCAAGAACAAUGAAGCAAGCCUUGGAGUGGAUUACCCAUCAAAGCCUAUGACAAUAGAAGCAAGCUUGUGGAAUGGAGAUAGUUGGGCAACAGAUGGUGGCCAAACAAAGAUUGACUGGAGCUAUGCACCUUUUAAGGCUCACUUCCUAGGAUUUGACGUCAACGGAUGUUCCCUACAGAAUUCAAACGUUGGAGAUUGUUACUCAAACAAAUACUUUUGGAACACGGAGAAAUAUCAUAAGUUGGAUUCGGAGCAACAAAGAGCCUAUCAAUACGUCAGAAAGACGUAUAUUAAUUAUGAUUACUGCACUGAUAAGUCUAGAUUUCCCACGCCUCCUCCCGACUGCCUUGAUCAGCCAUAA